AUCUUCUCAAUUAUUACCGCAAGUGAUCAAUUAGUCUACCAGAUGGCUCCUUUCCCAGCACAACCUAAGCUCCUACGCCGACCCACUCCGCCGCGGCCGGCCUCAUUUCAUGGCUCUACGGCCACCAAAUCGCCAGAGAUACGACAGAUUCGCCGGCCGAAGACCCAUCCGGAUCUCCUCGAACCUUAUCGGAUCCUGCCACCGCCGGCGAAUCCAUCGAAGGUUUUGGUGAAAGUGACGGUGCAGAGAAGCCUGGGGCCAGUUCAGGUGAUGGCUCAGACGGAUUGGUCUGUCCGUGAUUUAGUGUCGGCCGUUAUUAAGAUCUACAUCGAAGAAGAAAGACUUCCAUUACUUUCUUCUGCAGAUCCCUCCGCCUUCGGCCUCCACUAUUCCCAAUUUAGCCUGGAAAGUUUGGAUUCGAAGGAGAAGCUGAAUAAUUUGGGUUCGAGGAAUUUUUUCCUCUGUCCAAAGGGAGAACAUGGUUUGCGAAUUGGAGAACGGCCGGUGGCGACUGUUGCUUCUUCUCCGUCGAGAUGUUGGAAAGAAGUGGAAAAGGGGUCUAGGAUUGGUAUUCCAUGGCUUAGAUUCAUGGAUUGCUUGUUGUAGCUUGUUCAGAUGGAUUGGUAUCUGUGAAUUUUCGUUAUUGUCCAUGGAUGUGGGAGAGAAGGAUUGUAUGAGAGAUAUUGCAGGAACUGAUAUGUGGUGAUGUAAUUAAGAAUUAAUAUUGUAAAUAUGAAAGAUAAUAAAUUAUAUUAUUUUAGUUAGUAAA